UUAGCUCUUAACAGUAUGGAGCGUGUAGCGUCUCAGUUCUACAAAAUGGGAGUCAUUUUUCUACUUUUUCCAACCGGGUUGACUCCAGUUACGUUAACCUCUGAAAAAACAGUCUUGCAAGAAAAUUUGUUGGAUCAUGCCCGUGAUAUCCGUUUCUUUAAAGGAGAGCUAAUUAAUAUUGAAGAAAAUAAUAUCAUAGUUAUAAUAUGUAAUUGUCCGACCUUAAACUUUCAUCUGAUACUCAAAAAUGGAUAUGUUAAACGCUACACCUUCAAAAGCACAACUCGUGCAUGUUAUACAUACCAAAUUGCGUCCACUUCUGAAGAAAUGCAGGUGGUCCACAGUGGGGAAGUAGUGGCAACGGCAGAGGAUGGUUUGGAGACAAUAGUCCUUAAAUGUUCUUCAAAAUAUGCUUCCUGGAAAAUUUUAAAGACCUGCUGGAAUGGCGCCGAUUCACAUCCUUGUCGUAUCAAUUGCCCUCAUCGACACUGUGACGAAUACGACAGUCAACUUAACGUUGAAGCAGGCGCUGUUCGAGAUUUUCGUUCUUUUGAAGGAAACAAGCUUGAUAUUGAAGAAAAUAACAUCACAGUUAUAUCAUGCAAUUGUUCGAACUUGGAUUUUCAUCUAGUACUCAAAAAUGGACACGUUAAACGCUACAUAUCCAGAAACAAAACUCAUGGAUGUUAUACCUACGAAAUUGUGUCCACCUCCGAAAAAAUGCAGGUUGUCCACAAUGAGGAAGUAGUGGCAACAGCAGAGGAUGAUUUGAAGAAAAUGGUCUUGAAAUGUACUUCAAAGUAUGCUUCGUGGAAAAUUUUAAAGACUUGCUGGAACGCUUUGGAGUCGCAUCCUUGUCGUAUCGAUUGCCCUUAUCGACACUGUCGAGAAUGCAAAGACAAUAGUGGACUUGACGUUGCAGAUCAUAAUACUCCAGCAUCCUCUCCCGGGCACAAGAGUGUAAUUAAAAAUGAAACACACACACAAAACUCCUGUGACUCUCCUAAUUUAAUACUCUACACUAUGCUUAUAAUACUGGCUAUAUUGAUGGCACUUGCAAUGAUCUACCUUUGCUGGAAGUACGUAAAAUACAGAGUAGAGACUAGAGAGAAAAAGGAGGAGAAAUAUUUCACAUCUUGUACGUCCCUAUUGCGAGCAUGAAAAUUUAUUCCAACAACUGAAAACUUCUUUGUCAAAUAUAAGGCUGCUUGUCAAUCCGCCAGAAGAAUUAGUGAUAGGUACUUGAUAAGAUAUGCAUAUAAGAGAGAUAUCUUGCAGAUAAAACUAAUCCUUGUUUUGUUUCACAAUAUUUCUGUAAUCAUAAGGACGACAAUUUGUCAAAAUAUGUUUUUUCAAAAUUUAACUCUAAAUUGUAAAUUUAAUUUAUUCACAAAAAAAUGUGUUAUUUGAUCUAAUUUUGUACGUAGCCAUCUUCUGUAAUUCAUAGAGAUAUUGUUUUGUAGCUACUUAUAAGUUUUUAAGAUAUUUUUUAUUAUGCAGGUGUAUGUACCUUUUUUUCACAUAGCCCUAAGUAAAUAUUUUAAGUAACAAAGGAGAAGCGGUAAAUGAAAUUUUGUCCAGUAUUGAAUUAGAAGAAUUUACUAGAACUAGUAAACUUCGGUGUUUAUAUUACAUUAUUUCUUUUAUAAUAAAUUUAGUUACAUCUUAAAA